AUGACAUUCGAUAAAGAGCAGAAUACAGAUCCAACUAAAGUUCGAGUGUUCAUUGUUCGCCAUGGCCAGACAUCGUGGAAUAACCUCAAGAUCUUACAAGGACACAAAGAUGUACCGCUUAACGAUCGAGGCCUAGAACAGGCCAGAUAUGUUGGCCUUAGAAUGAAGGAUCUAGAUAUAGACGAGUUUGUCAGCUCUGAUUUGAGCCGCUGUGUUCAAACUAUGAAUGAGAUCACUUCUGGGCACCGCGAUAAACCUGGCUUCAAGCUGAGGUACACGUCGAAUCUAAGGGAGCGAUCUAUGGGCCCUGUCGAGGGAAUGCCACUAUCGGAAGCUAAGGAAAAAUAUGGUGCCCAAUUCAAGGAAAUGGGAGAGACGAGAAUAGAGCUUCUGACACGGCUGCAAGACGAGUGGACUCGAAUUAUAGACGAAGCCACUGCGAACAAUUAUUCCAAUGUGCUGAUUUGCACCCAUGGCGGCGUGAUCACCAACUUCACUAAUCAUCUUUAUAAAGCAUAUGAGUACACAUUGGCUCCCGGUUUACAGGAAGAAGAUCUGAAAGUUCCAAGCAAUACCAGCGUGACAAUAAUAGAUGUCGACAAAGCCACGAGGAACGGAACCAUUGUGAAAUUUGGGUCGGCUGAACACUUGCACGGCCAUGUCGAGACUGUUGAUCAAGACCUAAGAUAA